GUUAUGAAACUGUUUUGAAGUGUGGUGGAGUGAAAAUAGUAUGUUGAGAAUUUUAUAAUAAAUACUGAAGAUUACUAAAAAAAAAUGGGUGUAAAACGAUCCUUCGAUGAUUCGGAAGAUUCGAAACCUAAAAAGCAGAAAGUCGUUUCGAAAACAAAAUCCACUGAACAGAAGAAAGAACAUGUGGAGAAAAAGCUAAAGAAACACGUUACGACAAAAGUGGUCGCUAAAAAGACCGGAAAGGCAAAUAUAAAGAAGAAAGGAACUGAAGCUACUGAAAAAACUGAGAACAAAAUCCCCUUGAAAACUGCCAAGGGAAAUACCAAACAACCAGAUAGUACCAAAGAGAAAAAAGUGAAUGGUUCUAAAGGCGAUAAUAAUAAGAAAGCAAAAAUUGACGAGAAACCAGAAGAUUGGGGUUUAUUCAAGAAGCAGAAAAAGGAAUUGAAAUUGAAGAGGAAACAAGCCAAGACUAAUUUCGAUGUUGUAACACAAGCUAAAAAACUGGGUGAAAUUCUAAGGAGGAAAACGCUUAAAGAUGGAGAAUUUGAGAGGAAUAAAUUGGUCAAUGAACUACACGGUUUACUCAAAAAAGACGGCAAUUAUCCCAAAUUUGUACUGGCCCAUGAUACAGCCAGAAUUGUGCAGUGGCUCUUAAAAUAUUCUUCUGUAUUGAUAAGACAAGAAAUCGCCAAGGAAUUAGUUGGAUCAAUUCCCGCAAUGAUGCAAUCGAAAUACGGUGUUUUUUGUGUAAAAAGGUUGUUAAAAUAUGGAACAUCUGAAAUUAGAGCCCAAAUAAUAAAUUCUUUUUAUGGACAUGCAGUAAAAUUGGCCAGUCAUGCUAUUAGUGCUUCAUAUUUAGAAUAUGCCUACACGACAUGGGCUACUCCCCAACAAAAAUAUCACCUAGCUCAAGAAUUCUACGGUGACAUGUACAAAAACUCAAAGGAUGAUAAAAUUAAGUGUUUGAAAGAUGUUUUUGAAUCAAGUCCUUCUAUCAAAAAUGCAGCGUUAAGCGCCACAAAAUCAAACUUAUCAAGAAUUUUGAAUAAAAGUCUGUUAGAUUCAGGCUUGGUUCAGACUGUUCUCUAUCAAUUUCUCAUUGAGUGUAGUGAAGAGGAUAGAUCUGAGAUGAUAUCGCAGUUAUCACAACAUAUUGUGGUAAUAAGCAAUAGUAAAGAUGGAUCUAGGGCUGCUAUGCAGUGUAUAUGGCAUGGUACCAACAAGGAUAGAAAGGUUAUUAUGAAGACACUCAAAGAGCAUUUGGUCGAAUUAUGCAAGCACGAAUAUGGACAUUGCACUAUAAUAACAAUUUUAGAUGCUGCUGAUGACACUGUUCUCUUGAAUAAAAUUAUCAUUAGUGAGAUUCUCAAAAAUGCUAAAGAUCUAUCCGUGAACGAAUGGGGUAGGAAGGUAUUGUUAUGGCUUGUAGUUCCAGAGGAUCCCUCAUAUUUCCAUCCACAGUUCAUCAAAGAAUUAACAGCUGGAAGGGAAAGUUCAACCAGCAAAAAACCCGUAGAUAUAAGAAGGAAAGAAGUGUUGACGCAUUCUAGUUCAACCUUGCUGAACUUGAUCACAACGGAGCCCGAAGUCUGGUUAUCCGAUUCCAAACUUGCCUAUGAAAUGUUAGGCAUCAUCAAGACCGCUUGUGGAAAGGAGGUUGAGCAUACCUUCGAAAACUUGGUAAAAGUAAUCACGGAUAUCGAUUGGAAAAUCAAAGAAAAUGAUAAAGAAAUUAGAGGAAUUGAACAUCCGGGUUUGCAUUUGGUGUUGAAAAAAAUUGCCCAACACGAUAAAAAUAAUAUCGAGAAGGACUUACCUACUUUUGGAGCUUCACUUUCAAAAUCUCUCACCGAUGAAGUUAUCGAAUCCUGGAUUCAGCUCAACAGAGGAUGUUUCCUCUUGGUGUCAGUUUUCGAGAACAAUUCAGAAGAUACGCAGGAAAUCCUCAAAAAUAAAUUAUUGUCCUUCAAGGAAAAACUCAGUAAAUUAAAUAGCACAGGGGCGAAAAUUUUGUUGAAGAAAUUGAAAUGAUCGGCCAUUUCAAUGUAACGAAAAGAAUAAUUUUAAUCACAUGGCUGUAUAUAUUGUGAGCUCGAAAAUUGUUUAAUAAAAUCCAGAAAUUUCA